AACUCAAAAAUCUUUCUACAUGGGUUCCUUCGACUUGCCUCACACUUCAUCGUUUAAGGGAGGAAGUGAAACAUUUCUUCGGAAUGUGUUUGAGAAUAUACUUCAGACGUACCUGAGGAAGAACCCGACGGCGAAGACAAUAUGGGAACUAGUUCAGUCGGUGGACAACGAGAAGAUCUGCUACGAUCACUUCGUUUUCCAGACACUAAAGGUCAAUGGUUACGGAAUAGAUUCCUUGUCGAGUUUUUUCAUGGAUUAUGGAUAUAAAGUUGGAGGCAAACUUGAUUUUCCAAAGAAGAAUGUACGAGUUCUCUGGCUUUCUCCUCCGGUUAUUUACGUCCCCAAUGAGGGUCACGGUCUAGGCAACGAACCUUUGCCCCGACUUGUUAUAGCUGAGCUUCUUGUGGACGAACUAAGUCGUGAAUCACAGGAGAUAAUACAGAAAUAUUUAAAACCAGAAGGUAGUAAGCAAGCGGUUCUUUCAAGUACUUUGGGGUCUUUAAUUUGGGAGAAGCCAACAUCCUCCGACUUCAAGCAGCUUGCCAAAGAGAGCGAAUUUGCGGCAUGGGUACUUAUCCACGGCUACACAAUGAACCAUCUUGCAUUUUCUGUUCAUCAACUCAAACACCGUUUCAGUGACAUCAACUGCAUCAAAAAGGAUUUAGAAGAGAAGGAAUUCGAACUCAACAGUGACGGAGGAAUUCUCAAAGUGAGUGAAGAUGGUCUACUGUUACAAGUGUCAACAAUCUCGGAGACUCUUGCGGUUGAAUUUUCAGAUGGUGUAACUGAAACAAUUCCGGCUUCAUACAUUGAGUUCACUCAACGUCUGGUUCUCCCUGAGUUCAAAGAUCUGCAUUAUGACCAGAUUAAGGAGUACCAUAGACGCGAUGGCUUUGAUUUCGAUAACGCUAAAAACAUUUUGGAAGGGGCCCGUUUCAACUCAAAUGUCUAGAAUCAUCAAUAUGGUCCGAUGCUUUCUUAAAUGAAAACACCAUUAAAAUAAGCAUGGGUUUGUAAUGCAAGAACUAUGUUCAAUGUGUGUGCUGUGAAUCACUUAUGAAUUAAAUUACCUCUCAUAAUGGGUAUCAUUGACAUUGAUUAAAGUGAGUAAUUGUAAAGUGGAUCACAUAAACGGUAACCUAUGAAUGAUAGAGAAAGAAAAAAAGUGUGAUGGGUGUGCUGUGGUGUUCGAAAAAAUUUAAAAUUGAUAUAAGUGUGAUUUUAGAUAAAUCAGAAGAUAUCUCCUAUAAUAUAAUUGAAAACAUUU